AUGGACAGAGUGUACCUGUACAUCCAGAUGCAGCUCUGCAGGAAGGAGAACCUGAAGGACUGGAUGGCUCAGCGCUGCCUCCCGGAGCAGAGGGAGCACAACCAGUGUCUGGACAUCUUCCUCCAGAUCGCUGAGGCUGUCGACUUCCUGCACAGCAAGGGGCUCAUGCACAGAGACCUCAAGCCCUCCAACAUCUUCUUCACUCUGGACGACGUGGUGAAGGUGGGAGACUUCGGCCUGGUGACGGCCAUGGACCAGGAGGAAGACGAGGACGAGCCGAGCGCCCUGACGCCGGCCCCGCUCCUGACCCGGCACACGGGCCAGGUCGGCACCAAGCUGUACAUGAGCCCAGAACAGCUCUCUGGAAACUCGUACUCUCACAAAGUGGACAUUUACUCUCUGGGUCUGAUCCUGUUUGAGCUGCUGUAUCCCUUCAGGACCCAGAUGGAGAGAGUAAGGACGCUGACAGAGGUGCGAGCCCUGCGCUUCCCUGAGGUCUUCUCCAAAAACAACGUGCAGGAGAUAUCAAGGUCUCUGGUCAUCAUCAGUACCCUGGACGGGCGGAUCUCUGCUCUGGAUCCUCACAACCAGGGCAGGAAGCAGUGGGACCUAGAUGUCGCCUCAGGGUGCCUUCUGUCAUCCAGCAUCAGCAAACCUGAGGUGUUUGGCAAUAAGAUGAUCAUCCCUUCACUGGACGGUGCCUUGUUCCAGUGGAACCGGGACAGGGAGAGUAUGGAGGCCGUGCCUUUCAGCGUGGAGUCCCUGCUGGAUUCAUCUUACCGGAUCGGGGAGGAUACCGUCCUGGUAGGGGGCAAAUCUCUCACCACCUAUGGCCUGGGGGCAUACAGUGGCAAGCUUCGGUACAUCUGCUCUGCGGUUGGCUGCAGUCGCUGGGGGGAGGAGGAGAUGGUGAGCGAAGACGUGCUCCUCCUGCAGCGUACUCAAAAGACAGUGCGAGCCAUCAGGCCCCUAUCAGGGAUGGAGAAGUGGAACUUCAGCGUUGGAAACUUCGAGCUGAAGCUCCUCCCUGAGACGUCUGGGAUGAACUUCCUGGAGGGAGAGGUUGCUAAUGGCGACUGGAGGGAGAGUCAGCGAGUCAUCACCGAUGAACCAAAAGAGAGAGAGCAGACGAAGAACCAGCAGAACCAAAACCUGGACGUCGUCAUCAAAGUGUCUGUUCCUGAUUGGAAGGUCAUGGCCUUCAGCACGGAGCCUGACGGACAGCUGGUCUGGGAACGUCAGUUCUGCACACCCAUCGCUUCGGCUUGGCUGGUGGGCGGGGGUAAAGUCACACCCAUCGCCCUGUUUGACGACAACGCCUACAGCAGCCAGUCGGAAAUGGAUGACGACGAGGAUGAGGAGACAAAGAGGGCAAGAGGAGAUGAAGAGUCCAGUGUUUACCUUGGAAUGUACCAGGGACAGCUUUACCUCCAGUCCUCAGUGAGGAUCAGUGAAAAGUUCCCUUCCAAAGCUAUCGGAUCGGACAUAAUUCCACUACCCACGGUCAAGUGGAAGCCUCUCAUCCAUUCCCCAUCACGGACACCAGCCCUGGUCGGCUCUGAUGAAUUCGACAAGUGUCUGAAUAAUGACAAGUUCUCCCAUGAAGAAUACAGCAACGGAGCCCUGUCCAUCCUUCAGUAUCCAUAUGAUAACGGUUACUACUUCCCCUACACCAAGCGUUACCGGGGGAAACGUGACAGUGCCAUAAUCAUUAUAAAUAAAGACGGGGCGGGAGGAGAGAGUCGUAGGAGGAAGGACCCCGUGCUGCUGCUGCCAUGGUGGAAGGAGAUCCUCGGCACCAUCAUCUUAUGCAUCGCCACCACCACUUAUAUCGUCCGAAAAUUCUUCCACCCCCCCGCCCCGGUGGCCUAUGUGAGGCAACGUAAGGAGUCGGAGACGCAGUGCCAGACAGACUGCAAGUUUGACCUUGAUGUUGUGGAAUCCAAAGAGCCAGUUGCUAUGGAGACCCGUUCCAGCGAAUAUGUGUCCAGGUACCUGACUGACUUUGAGCCGGUGCAGUGCCUUGGCCGCGGGGGGUUCGGCGUUGUGUUUGAAGCCCGCAACCAAGUGGACGACUGCAACUACGCCAUCAAAAGAAUCCGUCUACCCAACAGGGAGCUGGCCCGUGAGAAGGUGAUGCGAGAGGUGAAGGCCCUGGCCAAGCUGGAGCACCCGGGGAUUAUCCGGUACUUCAACGCCUGGCAGGAGAGCCCCCCCGAGGGCUGGCAGGAGGAGAUGGACCAGAGGUGGCUGAAGGAUGCCAGCACCACUGACUGGCCAAUGAGCUUCGUUGACCACAUGGAGGUGCUGUCGGUCAAAGUCCCGGUGUCCAGCUCCGUGUCUCCGGUCCCGGGCCCUGCAGGAGACGCUUUGGAGGUCUCUUCCUCUCAGGCCAUGCUCUCCAGCAGCACCGACGACGGAGACCUGUCCUUCCACCCGAUGCUGGGACACGACACCCUGACGUCGGAGAGAGACAGCCAGGCCGACCCCGACGCCUCGGACACCCCCAACUCCUUCGAGCUGUGUCCCCCCCGAGGCCCCAGCGACUGCACCUCUUCUUCCUUCGACAUCGUGUUCGAGGACUCGGGAUGCGACCGAGAUGCCGACGCAGAGACGGACUCGGUUUCCGGAGCAGCCAGUCCGAGUACGACCACGGAGAAAAACAGCUCGUCUUCAUCACACACCAGGAACCAGCAGGAAUCUGUCCCCACCACCUCUUCCUCUCCCCCCCGGCCAACAUCACUCACCCUGGCUCUCCCCACAACACCUCCAGCCCCCCGGCCCCAGCCCUCUCCCAAGCUGAGUAUGGUGCGCAGUAUGCUGUCCUGGAGCCCCAGCGAGCGUCCCGAGGCAGUAGAGAUCACAGGGACCCCCCUCUUCCAGGAGCUGGAGCUGCCAUGGCGGGUGGUGGUGAGGCAGCGCUCCCGCACCUACAGCGCCUCGUCCAUGGGCCGGCCGUCACGGCAGACAUCGUCUACCUGA